AUGGAUUACUCAACUCAGGACGAUCGUCCUCACUUCUUCCCUCCGAACCAGGAGAUCCAGAGGCCCAUCAGUUUCGAUUCCGACUCGGAUCGUUUCCAGAAUGGACCCCAUGGGGGAUUGGCAUCACCUAUGCCAUCCUUCCAACGUCCCAUAUCCUACGGCCAAAAGUCUCACAGUAGUUGCACUCACUGUGGUAAUCUUACCCCCCGGUAUGGCUCUACCACUGUGUAUGGAACUCCUCUGAAGCAGACUCCGGCAACAAGCACUGAACAGGUGGAUAAACUGCCCGGCAGCUACUCCAGGGCCUCAAGCUACAUGCAGGGACACAUGGACAAGCAACCUCCUGUCUCUACUGAUCCUCUUUGCUUGGUUGAGAGAGUGCAUGCAUCAGACGAUAUUGACCACCUUCCCACAUGGAAGCGUCGUAUCAACAAAUGCACACCACUCUUCUCUCUCGUUGCCGUUGCAUCCUACUGGGUCUACUUCGUCUUCAGGAUCAAGUACACUCUUGCCGCACAAGCUGUAGCCAACAGGGUUUUUGCAAUGGCUUGGACUUUCAUCGCAGUUGAGAUGGGUGUCGCCUUACCUAUGCUGUGCCAUCAGUUUUGGCAACUGUUCCUUAUCAAGGGCCGACGACGUGAGAAACUUCGUAUCGUUGGAGACACCACGCCGACGGUUGACGUAUUCGUCACGUGCUGCAAGGAAGACGUGGGGAUCAUAACCGACACUGUUCGAGCUGCGGCCGCGGUUGACUGGCCCACCGAGUCGUUCCGCGUCAUUGUUCUCGACGAUGGUGCAGACGCUGAGCUUGCGGCCGCCGUCAACGACGUUUCACUACUGUAUCCUAAUGUUUACUACACUGCUCGCCAGAAGAUCAAGGGUGUACCGCAUCACUUCAAAGCUGGUAACUUGAACCACGGUUUGGAAUGGGUGGCCGCACUCCCAGGAGGCGCCUCAACAUACAUCGCAGCUCUCGAUGCAGACAUGAUCCCGGAACCAGAAUGGCUCAGGGCUGUUCUAGCCCACUUGGUCAUCGAACCUCAGCUUGCUCUGUCUUGCCCCCCUCAGCUGUUCUACAACGUCCCUAAGAACGACCCCUUGAUGCAAAGUUUGGACUCGUUUGUCCACAUUUCCGAGCCUGUCAAGGAUGCGGCAGGUGUUGCUUGGUGCACUGGCUCAGGCUAUGCUAUUCGCCGCGCUGCGCUCGAUGGUAUUGGCGGAUUCCCCACAGGCUCCCUCGCCGAGGACGUCUGCUGCUCAAGUGUUCUCCUUGGAGCUGGAUGGAAGACUGCCUACGUUCACGAACCUCUCCAGUACGGUACUGUUCCUGAGUCGUUCGGUGGACAUAUCAAACAACGCACACGCUGGACAAUCGGCACAGUUCAAACCUCGAUGAAGCUGAACUUCUGCCUCUGGGGACCGCUGGUCACCCACAUGUCUAUCUUCCAACGUCUCUCUGGCUUCGUCUACACGAUCUCCUCGCUGUUCACCAUUUUCCUGACAGCAUCGUUGCUCACGAUGCCAAUUGUGCUGGUCUCCGGUGGUACAUUGAUCGCCUACGCAAACAACGAACAGCUUCGAUUGUUGCUCAGACUAUGCUUUGUUGCAUUGGUUGCCAACCGUCUGAAUGAAUGGGUCAUGACUCUUCCUGCUGGUUACCGACUCGGCCAGCGUGAUGCGGGCGCCAUGAUGUGGAUGGCUCCUUACCACGCUAUUACGAUCAUCCGAGCCUUUUUCCUUCCCAAGUUCCUCGGUGGCAAGACCAGCGCGUUCUCUUCAUCAGGCUCCCAACAAUCCGAGCUCAACGAGCGUGACCCGAUCCACCGCGCUGGCCUGUUUCGCCGCCUCCGCGUUAUCAUCUUCGGCUCUGGCGUGUUCAUUCACCUCUUCUUCAUUCUGUUCUGCAUUGCUGCAGUGACAGUGUCUACUGCACACGGAAUCAUCAUCAACAAGAGCUCCGUAGAACAGACCCUGUUGUUCAUGCUUACCCAUGCUUGCUGGCCACCACUGCUAUGGCUGAUUGCGCUCAAUUCCUGCUGGGCGCCAAUCCACUAUGCAAUCUGGCCCCCGAACAUGCCCGACCGCGAGGAAUUGUUGGACAGGGACCCAAAGACCGGCAUUGCCUACCCCAAGGAGAGCUCCAAGAAACUGAAGUGGGAGAAGAACAACGUUUUGCACGAGAUGCAGUAUUUCCUCUUGACAGCGUACACCACUGUGCUCUUUGUGGGAACAUUUUUCUACUAG